GGGGCUCCGUACGCAUCCAUGUGAGACGUUAAGAGCACGCUGUAUUUCCCAGCUCGAGACCACCCAUCUUCCCAAUCAUCCAAGUGAUUUCUUCUGUCUUACGAACUGAUAAUGCCCGCCCCCUCCGAUAACUUGAAGCUGGUAGCCGAGGAGACCGUUAUAUUUGUCUGUGAUAUUCAAACCAAGUUCCAAAGUGCAAUUUACGGAUACCAUGAGCUGAUAACGACAGUCAACAAAGUUCUGAAAAUAGCCAAGGUACUGCAAAUCCCUGUGGUAGUCACGGAGCAGAACCCAAAAGCACUUGGACCGACCGCCCCGGAAUUGGCUUUGGGUUCUUUAGGGCCGUUAUACCUGGCGAAUGUCCCAAAGACCCUGUUUUCUAUGGUCACGGCGGAGGUAAAGGACCUCCUUAAACCUCGUGGCUUCAAAUGUGUCAUCAUCGUAGGAAUAGAGUCCCAUGUAUGCGUACUGCAGACGACGUUAGACCUUCUAUCGCUAGGCUACAAAGUAUACAUUGUCGCAGAUGCAGUGUCCAGCUGCAACAAGGUGGAAGUGCCCAUUGCACUCGCCAGGAUGAGGCAAGUCGGCGCGUACAUAUCGACCAGCGAGAGUGCAGUAUUCGAACUCAUGGCGGACUCUGGGAAGCCACAGUUCAAAGCUUUUUCCGCUAUUAUCAAGGAAGACAAAGAAACCACCGGGAACGCCUUGCGAAAGCUCCGUCCGACUUUUGCCAGUAAUUUAUAGUAACACUGUCUGAAUACAUGGUUAAGAUACCCGCAUGCCUGUCGCUCAUCGCACAAUUGAGUUGUGUACAGCAGUCCAUCGGCUUCGGAUAUCGA